GCUGAAGGCAUGCGGUGCAGAAAUGAAAGGUGACAGUUUAUGGAAGAAGGAUCCUGAGGGCUGGACUGUGGCUGUGGAGGCUCUACGGUGAAAAGGAGGCACAAACCACAGGAUAUUGCUCGUUCUUGCCUUCAGAAUAAAAGCUCGGAACGCCCCCGACAAAGUUGACCCUCCCCCACUGCGGCGGACUUGACGCUGGGUCCGGGGACCAGAAGCGUGCCGCUGGGUGGAUGAUGGCGGUGCCGCCGGUGCUGCUGCUGCUGGAGCUGGCUCUGUACGCCAGCUGCUUCGUCUGCGGGAUCGUGGCCGCCGCCUCCCUCACCAUCGUCCAGGGUAAUUUCAAUGGUCUGUGCAUGCUGUAUGGACAAGUCAGCUACAAUGCCACAGCAAAGCUCAUCGGAGUCCAGACGUCCACCGCACCGUCCCUGUGCUACUUUGUGUCGGCCGUAUCCGUCAUGGUGGCCGUGGUGUGUUUCUGCCUCUCUCUGUACUGGGUGUACGCUUUCUGCAUGGAAGGAGAGAUGAGAAGGGAGCGCGUGUGGGUGAACCUGAUGAUAGUCGUGAGCGGCAUCUUUCUGUUCUUCCUGCUCAUCACGGGCUGCAUGCUGAAGAUCGGCCGCGACACGCUCUGUGACUCCAUCAUCAGAAAGGUCCCCAAUGUUACCAGAUGUGAUCAGGCCCAAACCCAAAAAUGGGUCAGUCCGUUUCAAGGAGACAGGAUCUACACCAAUCUUCACAAAUCAGAGACGGCGGUCUGGGUCAACUUCUUCUUCUGGCUCAUCAUCGGGGUGCUGGUGAUCAUCCAGAGGUGCCGGCGGCCGGGGGCCAUUCUGGUUCCCACGCCGACCGGAGCCCUCUUCGGCGAGCCGGGGGCCACCGCUGCGGAGACGGAGCCGUUCUUCAACCGGCCGCAGUGAGGGGUGGGAGAACUGGAGAGGAUUCUUUUUUUUUUUUAUAUAUACAAUGUCCCCUUCAGGCCAUUCUGUAAUCUACAAUGUAUUUAUGUGAUACUUAUCACGGUUAUCCAAAGAUUGAAGCAUUGUUUUUUGUUUAGUUUUUUUAUUGAGCCUUUUUUUUUUUUGUUAACUUGUUGAAUCAGAAACUUUUCCAGUAAAUCUUUAUUUACCCAAAAACUGGGAAGCACUUAUUGCAGCAACUUGUUUUUCAAAUUGGUAACUUUAAUAUUGUAAUAUCCUGUAAUGUUUCAGUAACACUGAAAUCGACUUAAGAUCAACUUUGAUCCUGACCCUCUCCAACUUUAUCCACAUCUCAUGUCGUCACGUUAUUCAGAGGUGCUUUUUAUUUACUUAUAACUACUAUUAAAUGUUAAUAUAAGCCCUUAAUAUAAGCUUAAAGUGUGAAUUAUUUGCCCUGAUUUUUGUUUUGUUUUUGUUAAAUCUGUAUUAAAAACAAAUUGAUAAGCGCUUGUUAAAGAAAAAUGUUGGUAAAUGUCUCCCUCUGCUGGCCAAUAUUAAAUUAAGUCGUUUCUACUGAAAA